UUCUGGGCGGACUGGGUCAGACCAGUUCCGCGUUCUCUGCUCCUCACAAUCAUCCACGCACUUUCACGCAGCGUGUGUGGAUCCUGCGGUGUCAUGGUGGACGUGCGGGGCGUCGCUGCUGCUGCUGCGGAGAAUCAGGUGACAUCAUCGUGACAUCAUCGCGACGUCGUGGUGACUUCAGAGCGUCGGAGUCCUUGCACAUUCAUCAGUCACACGUUCAUCAGUCACACAUUAAAAUGGUGUUUUGUUGGACACAGAAGAGAACGUCACUCUCCGAGGAUUGUGGGAGUUUACGUCAGUGAGUGUGCGUGGAUGGCAGCGACGAUGGAGCAGGACUUCACUCAGUAAUCGUCUGCUCUCAUCGUCUGUGGCGACAAACAUUUCCGUUUCCACGGAAACUAAACACACAAACUGUAAAGAUGGCGGCGACAGGAAGGAAACACUUAGUGAGAGACUUUAACCAUUUCAUCACGUGUUACCUGUGUCGAGGUUACCUGAUCAAACCAACCACUGUCACUGAGUGUCUGCACACCUUCUGUAAAAGCUGCAUCGUUCAACACUUUGAGGAAAGUAAUGAUUGUCCCAGAUGUGGAAUUCAAGUCCAUGAGACAAACCCACUGGAGAUGCUCAGGUUGGACAACACUCUGGAGGAGAUCAUUUUCAAACUGGUGCCUGGACUCAGAGAAAAGGAGGAGCAGCAGGAAGUCGACUUCUGGAGGAGGAGCCAGCCCAAAGAGAACGGACAAGACAGCCUCAGGUGUCAGAGGUUUCCGGACGUUGGUGAUGACGGUGAUGACGGUGAAGACGACGACUGCCACAGGAGUGACCCUCAGAUCGCCAUCUGUCUGGACUGUCUGCGAAACACGGGACAGACGGGAGACACCAGUGUCACGGACCUGAUGAAGAGGUUUAUCCGCUGCUCCAGCAGAGUCACAGUUGGAACCAUAAAGAAAUUCCUGAGUCUGAAGCUGAAGCUGCCGAGUUCUUACGAGCUGGACGUGUUGUGUAACGGCGAGAUCAUGGGCAGAGAUCACACCCUGGAGUUCAUCUACAUGACCAGGUGGAGGCUCCACGGAGACAACACGUAUCCCAUGGUCCUCGAGUACCGACCGCGCAUCGACUUCGGCUGAUCACGACUGCGAGGAGAUUAACACACACACAAUGUGCAGAGACAGAGAUAUUCAUGUAUUUUUGUACAGUCGACGACGAUCACGAUGAUGAAGAAGUGCAGACGUUGUUUUAUGCUACAUAGAAUAAUAUAUGCUCUAAUAAUAUAUGAUAUUUUUAAAUGUACGUCCCUGUGCCUAAAUGAACUUUGACCUUAUCUUCACUUUGCCUGUCGAGCUGCGACUGUAGAUUAAAUGUUGAUUUUUCUACUCUU